CUUGUCUCAACCUCCUGGCCUCAUGCCAUCCUCCCGCCUCAGCCUCCCAAAGUGCUGGGAUUAUAGGCAUGAGCCACCAUGCCUGGCUCUGUGGAGGAUUCUGAUGCUGAAAGUAGAAAGGGGCUGCUAACCAGAAAGCCCCCCAGAGGAGACCGAGUCAGCUGGGGAAUUAGAACAUCCACAUCCAUGUAGUUCCUCUAACAGCCCAGAGACAAUCUUAGAACUUAACUAAUGUACAAAAAGUUUCUUCAUUUCUGCUUCUCAAGCCCCAAAUUUCCAUGUCUGGCAGAAGUGGGCUUAUACACCCAAGAGGCCCCCUUAUCCUCAAGAAAGAAAAAUGGAGGUUCUAGGAGCCAUUUUAGCCCAUUAACCCACCUGCCAUCUGCCUAGUAUAUGUUAGGUACAGGAGGAGGGGGAGAUGUGGCUAGUGCAGGAAAAUAAUGCAGAGAAGAGACAACCCACUGAGCCAAGAAUGUGGGGACAGUUACAGCUGUGCCUCCCCUGCUUCCCUUCCCGGAGGAGCUGAAAGAUGGGGAAUUCCUGAGGAUGCGCCUAAAGGGGCUGGGCUCCCUGGUGGAAGUGGUGGGAAUAUCAGAGACUGACUAGUGUAGCUUGGUCACUUAGUCCGUACUAAAAAGCCUUAUAACCUUUCCUAGGAUGAGACUUUUAGGCUCCUAGACUAGGGCACUCUCCCAGGAGGAAAAUCUUAGGCCCUCCCUCCCAUGAGGGUCAUUGCAACACGAGACCCACGGGAGUCGUGAAGUCAGCCCCAGCCCCGCCUACUGUUCCUGGGUGCUAAUCCCCAGCACAGACCACUCAGGAGGAGGGAUUGGCUGAGGAGCUUGGAGAGGGGGCGUCAUCACCUCACCCAAAGGUUAAAUAGGGGUUCAGACUAGGUGCUCAGGAGAAGCGCUUUCUAUCGCGGGCACCCGGAACCAGACCAUGACCCAGACCCUCAAGUAUGCCUCCAGGGUGUUCCAUCGCGUCCGCUGGGCUCCCGAGUUGGGCGCCUCCCUAGGCUACCGAGAGUACGACUCAGCACGCCGGAGCUUGGCAGACAUCCCAGGCCCCUCUACGCCCAGCUUUCUGGCUGAACUUUUCUGCAAGGGGGGGCUGUCGAGGCUACACGAGCUGCAGGUGCAGGGCGCCGCGCGCUUCGGGCCGGUGUGGGUAGCCAGCUUCGGGACAGUGCGCACCGUGUACGUGGCUGCUCCUGCACUCGUCGAGGAGCUGCUGCGACAGGAGGGACCCCGGCCCGAGCGCUGCAGCUUCUCGCCCUGGACUGAGCACCGCCGCCGCCGCCAGCGGGCUUGCGGACUUCUCACCGCGGAAGGCGAAGAAUGGCAAAGGCUCCGCAGUCUCCUGGCCCCACUCCUCCUCCGGCCUCAAGCGGCCGCCCGCUACACCGGAACCCUGGACAACGUAGUCCGCGACCUUGUGCGGCGUCUGAGGUGCCAGCGCGGACGUGGCACGGGGCCGCCUGCCCUGGUUCGGGAUGUAGCGGGGGAAUUUUACAAGUUCGGACUGGAAGGCAUCGCCGCGGUUCUGCUUGGCUCACGCUUGGGCUGCCUGGAGGCUCAAGUGCCGCCUGACACGGAGACCUUCAUCCGCGCGGUGGGCUCGGUGUUUGUGUCCACGCUGUUGACCAUGGCGAUGCCUCACUGGCUGCGCCGCCUCGUGCCUGGGCCCUGGGGCCGCCUCUGCCGAGACUGGGACCAGAUGUUUGCAUUUGCUCAGAGGCACGUGGAGCGGCGAGAGGCCGAGGCAGCCAUGAGGAACCGAGGACAGCCCGAUGAGGACCUGGAAUCUGGGGCGCACCUGACCCACUUUCUGUUCCAGGAAGAGUUGCCUGCCCAGUCCAUCCUGGGGAAUGUGACAGAGUUGCUACUGGCGGGAGUGGACACGGUUAGGUUCUCCCUCCGUGCUGUGAGUCUGUUCCAGGGCUUAGCCUCCCCAGACUCCGGGACCAUUUUUCUGUUGCAGGGGAUCCGUUAUGGCCACGUAGACCAGCUUGGCUUAACACCCCGUAGCUCCAGACUGUUCCAUAAUGUGCACCCUCUGCUGGGUUCCUACACCCAACACCUCUCUUGCUUUCACGUUUCUCAGGUGUCCAACACGCUCUCCUGGGCUCUCUAUGAGCUCUCCCGGCACCCUGAAGUCCAGACAGCACUCCACUCCGAGAUCACAGCUGCCCUGGGCCCUGGCUCCAGUGCCCACCCCCCAGCCACUGUUCUGUCCCAGCUGCCCCUGCUGAAGGCAGUGGUCAAGGAAGUGCUAAGACUGUACCCUGUGGUACCUGGAAAUUCUCGUGUCCCAGACAAAGACAUUCAUGUGGGUGAUUAUAUUAUCCCCAAAAAUACGCUGGUCACUCUGUGUCACUAUGCCACUUCAAGGGACCCUGCCCAGUUCCCAGAGCCAAAUUCUUUUCAUCCAGCUCGCUGGCUGGGGGAGGGUCCCACCCCCCACCCAUUUGCAUCUCUUCCCUUUGGCUUUGGCAAGCGCAGCUGCAUGGGGAGACGCCUGGCAGAGCUUGAAUUGCAAAUGGCUUUGGCCCAGAUCCUGAUACAUUUUGAGGUGCAGCCUGAGCCAGGUGCGGCCCCAAUCAGACCCAUGACCCGGACUGUCCUGGUACCUGAGAGGAGCAUCAACCUACAGUUUUUGGACAGAUAGUCCUGUGGAAAGAGGCUGUCAUCAUCACCCUUUCGUUCAUCGUAGGGAUAAUAUUUUUUGUAGGCACAAGACCAAGAGAUACAUCUGCCCCUAAGGCCUAUCUGACCAAACUGGGUAGAAUGACCAUAGUGAAGUGUGAGGCAGCCCUGACCAAUGUGUGAAGUAUGCACUUGGCCUGACUCAGUAGGCCAAGUGAGAAAACCAUUGUCUCUCUCCGUGCUCGGCCCUUCUGAUCAUGUAUGCAUCCUCCAAGGAUGAAAUCAGAUUUUAACUAAUAAUGCUGGAUGGCCUGAG